CUCCGACUCACCGAGAGACCAAAGGCGCACCAGGAAAGAUGCGGCACAAGGUCAAGGUGCCCCCCUGCCAGUUCUGCAACAAGUCGUUUCUGAGGACAGAGCAUCUGCGACGCCAUGAGAGAACCCAUACAAAGGAGAAGCCGCAUGCCUGUAUAUGUGGACGGAGCUUCUCACGCCAGGACUUGCUAUCGCGCCAUGCCAAGUUGGCCAAAGAGUUGGGAGAGCAUGGGCCCCUCGAUCCCAAUGCCUCUCCCCAACGAAGGCGGGUAGAGGAUAAGACUGAAAUUCCCAUGCCGGAUUUCGAACAAACAGAAGAGUUGAGAACUGAUGAGACAAGCCACCAAAAUGUCUCGACGCCGUCUGGGAGCAGUACGCAGCCCUCGCAUUCUGCAGAGCUGGACAUGCUGUGGGACAGCUUCCAAUUACAACACAAUCCUUUUGAACUUUCGUACUUCCAUCCAGAGUUUCCGAUGAAUUUUCAGGCGUUUGAAUUUUCGCCUUCGCUUAGUGUGCCGUCGCUACUCGAGACGACGACAUCAGAUAGAGACAUGUCAAUCAGGACAGAAGAAUGUAUAUGGCAGGACGAUUUGCCAUGCGCGUCUUCCCUGUUGCUCCAGCCCCCUAUCCAAGAUCCAAGCAUACACCCUCGGCCAAUGCUUCCCAAUGCAACGGUUGGCACCUUGAGCGAACAGCACUUGCAAUCUUCGGCGAGAAAUCCGUGCUACAUGUCCCGGGAUGCAUAUGACUUGGUUUCAGCCAGAGCCCAAGAGAGUAUUGCGCUUCUCCCAUUGGACUUUCAACUUCCUUCGAAGCAUACAUUCAGCAGAUAUAUCGAAGGCUUCUCUAGCUUCAACUUGCAUCGACCGUUUUUACAUCUCUCAACAAAGAACCUUUCUCAUAUGCCAUUGGAGCUGGUGUUUUCUAUUGCUGCAAUGGGGGCUCAAUACCGAUUUGAGGCGGAAUCGGCCUUGUCGCUGUACUACGCUGCCAAGAGCCUCAUCGAUAUCAAACUCAGCAAGGUUUGCGCAGCCGUAGUAGAGGCUGCCCAUAACUCGACCAUACAAGCAAAGCCAACCCAUGAAGCCGUUGCCAGCAUCAUGACAAACUCAGCGAGGUCUAUAAAUCAACCGCCGCUGGAAAUCGAAACAAUACAGGCCAUGAUUAUCUGCAUGUCCCUGUGUUCAUGGGAAUACAAAAAUCUAUUACCUGACGCGUUCAGUUUGGCAGAACAAAUUGCCUUUCACCUGCGCCAAGGAGGAUACUUGCACGAAGACAAUGUCCCAGCGGAUGAAACGUGGGAGCAGUGGAUAUAUAACGAAGGGCGUCGUAGGACGGUCUUUAUUGCAUUUAUAAUCUUUAGUUUACACACAAUUUUCUACGAGACUCCGCCGCGGCUCAUGGCUCGAGAAAUCUGGUCGUUGACGAUGCCACAGCACGAAAACGUAUGGUGGGCAUCCACGGAGCGAGAAUGGGAAGAAAUACGGCGUCGUGAUCCGCCACUCUCCAGUACUUUUGGCGAUUAUUAUUUGGAACUUACCGUUCCCAAGGAGUCUCGAAACCCAGAGCAUCGCACUUCCGCUUUUGGAGGUCUGGUCUCUGUCCAUGGUUUGGUACAGCAAAUACAUCUCACGAGAGAGACGCUUCUCCACAUUGAUGCCUACGGAGAUAUUGACAAGGUGCCAUUUUCAGAUGAUGUCUACAUGAAGUUUAGACGAGCCCUUUGCCGCUGGGAUGGUAGCUGGUCACGAAACAGGGAGAAUACUGCGCAACCAAUUGCUUACAUGGCGCCGCUGGGGUUCAAUGCCACAGCAGUCUUCCGCAUUGCCUGGAUCAGGCUGAGCUUCAACAUGGCAGUAUGUCGGAACUUUAGCACAAGAGAUCCAGCCAUCAUCGCGGCUGCAUUUGCUCAGUCUCCAAUGCCCGAACGCUCGCCGCGUUUGUAUUCGGCCGUUCUCCAGAGCGCCCACGCGCUCAGCAUACCAGUUCGCAUCGGAAUCAGAUACGCAUCGAAAACUCAAAUCCUGUCCUGGAGCAUCAUCCACAGCAUCGCUAAUCUGGAAUGCGCUUUGUUCUUGAGCAAGUGGCUCGAACGGGCUAGCUUGGAGAGUGAGUUGUUGGAAGCAGAAGAGAAGGUCUUGAUUCGCAUCAUUGCGCGGAUCUUGAAAGAGACUCCAUUCUUCGAUCCUAGUUCGGAAGACUACUGCAGCGCAGGGGUGAUUAAACACAUUGCGUAUUCGGUGCUGCGGUUAUUUACGGAGAUGUUUAAGGAGUCGCAUUUGUUUGAUGCGAUUGGAACGUGUAUAGAGGCGGUUGACCAGUACGCGGCAACUCUAGAAUGUUGAUGAGAUUUAACAGGCAUGUAAUUAUAUAUAGGCGUUUGAAUACAUAGUCUUUUUUUCCCGAAA